UCCCCGGUGCCUGUGCACUGGGUUGUCCCGUCCCGCGGGUGCAGAGUGCGCCCGCUGCUGCGGCUGACGCGCGGGCGGGCAGCGCCGGGACUCGGGCGGACGGCGCUGCUGGCGCUCAGUGUAAGAUGGCGGCGCUGGGCGAGGAGCGGCGCUUCGGGCUGUCGUGCGGGAGGCUCAACUCGGGACAGCGGCUGUCGCUCUACCACGUCAAGCUGACCGACACGGCGCUGCGGGCGCUGGAGGCUUACCAGCGGCUGUCGGCUUCCUUACCAAAUCAACCUGUAAUCUGCUUUCAAGGAAAACAAGGACAGUACAUCAAAAUACCCGCUCCUAAAUCAGACUGUCAUGAUGGUGUGCGGUGUUUUUCAUUCUACCUGUCAACUGACAGCAAAGACAAGCCUCAAGCAAGCUUUGACUGCAUCCACCAGUAUGUUUCUAGUUUUGAAAGAAACCGACUUGAGUGCCUGGGAAACAUUCAAGAUAAAAUUACAGUCUGUGCCACUGAUGACUCGUAUCAGAUGACUCGGGACCGUAUGUCACAAGUAGAGAAGGAGUCUUGGAGUCGAGCGACUAUAGAAAUUAAACCAGAGACGCCAUAUCAAGGGACACGCAAACCAAUCAAUGUUCGAAAGCAAACAACAAGCCCAGCUACUGAUGUCAUUCCACUUAGAAAACACUCACCCACUAUGAAUCCAUGCGCUGCGGUGAAGAAAAAUCAUGUCAGUUCCAUUACCCAAAAGCCUCUGAGAGAUCGUAUCACCCACCUUUUGGCUCUGAAGCCAUAUAAAAAGCCUGAGCUUAUUGUAUGGUUGGAGAGAGAGAAAGCUAACCCAAAGGACAAGGCUGAACUGUCAUAUGUAUUGGACCAGGUGGCAAAGUUAAAUGUAAAGGACAACAGCUACACACUGAAGGAUGAGCUCUAUAAGGAAAUUCAACAGGAUUGGCCUGGUUACAAUGAUGAAGAAAAGCAAUUGAUACGGAGACACCUAUUAAGGAAACUUCAGCCAUCACAUUCUUGUCAGCCCAAGACUUUUCAACUCAGUUCUUCAUUCCACAAGUCCUCAGGGGAAAGCUCACCACAGUCAAGCCCUGUCAAGACUUCUUUGUUGAAACGAUCAGUGCCUUCAGAACAGACAGAUUCACACAAAAACAAGAGAAGUAAAGUAUUGCAUUCCAGGAGUAAUCAGCAUCUUAUUUUGAAUGGUCAUCUUCCUCAUUCAACAUGCCCUACUGCCACAUCAAAUUCCUGUGUUCCUAUUAAAACAGAGUUCCAGAAAACUCACUCUUCACUGCCUGAGAGUCAGAAUGAAUUUACAGAGCCAUUUAAAAACUGCAAUGACUCUACACGGAUUCACAUAAACAAAAAUGAAAAAGAAUUCAGAGGUAGUUGUGAUAUUUCUGGGAAUUCUCGGAACCAAGUUGCACAAAUAAGUUUAGAACAGACAGCUUACCCUCUUCCAGAGGAUGUGGAACUCUGUGCUGGCCAUAAUAAAAAAAAGUGCAAAAAACACAAAGAGAAGGAGAGAGAGCAUAUGAAAUCAGAAGCAAGAAAGUGGCUAAAAGAAAGUCCAUCGCAAAGGGCUGAAAAACCACACAAAGAAAGUCAUAAAGAGCAUGAAACCACAAAUACAUCUGCAACCGCUAGUUCAACAGUGGAAAUGCCUGACUAUUUAUUGAAGUACACUGCCAUUACAUCUUUUGAACUGUGUCAAAACUAUCGGAAUGAUUUCAAUGCAGAGUACAACGAAUAUAGAGAUCUUCACACACGAAUUGGAAAUAUAACACAACAGUUCAUGCAACUGGGUUCAAAGAUCAAAACACUUAGCCCUGGAACAGAGGAAUAUAAGAUGGCAGAGGAUCAAAUAUUUGAAGAAUAUAGGAAAUUUAAAAAGGCUCAUCCUAGUUAUCAGGAAGAGAAGGUUCGUUGUGAGUAUCUGCACCGAAAGCUAUCUCACAUCAAGCAGCUGAUUCUAGAAUAUGAUCAGAACAACAUGCCAUGAUGGCUUACACUGCCAAGAGCUUCCCUGUUUGAAAUUUUAAAACCAACUAGUUGCUUCUGGACACAAACGAGAACUUGAGGUUCUAAAAACUAGCUUUAAGGAGAGUUUUUUUUCUAAUUUUUAAGAAGAAAUCUUCUGACCAUUGCAGUUUGACCAUUACUGAAUAAAAUCUGUCAAUGAAGGACUGAGUUUUAUCAGUGCUGGCAACAAAUUUUGACUACCUGUGACGUAUAGCAGUUUGAACUGAGCCAUAAACUGCAUGUCUUUUAUAUAUAUUUUUUGCAAUGUAUAUAUGUACUGCAAAAACAAAAAAAAUCAAGUAAUGUUGUUGUAUCUUGGAAAAUAUUUAUCUCUCUUUUAAGAUGCCUUAAAAUGAGUUCAAAACCAGAAACACUUAAGUCUGCCAUGCAUUUCUAUGAGGCCAAUAUUUAGAGUACAAUUUAUGUUCAUGCAUUCACUGUUUUGAUUAAAAUUUCCUAUAUUAAUAGCUUUAGGCAACGCCAUUGUGAUAUUUAACACAAAACUACCAGUCUCAUCAAUAAUAUUGCCUUAAAUUGUUUUUGUUUCCUUCUUGAGAUUAACACUAGCGUAAAUUUUCUAGAGAAUUUUGCUUUUGCCUUAGUUUGCUGAUAAACUAGCCAGAAAGGGUUUAUCUGAUCCAAGACUAUACAAGUAUGUGAAAUAAUGUAUUUUAAAAAUAAUAUAUUCAUCCAAGAUUGCUUAAAAAUCUUGUACAAGAAGAAACAAAAUAGUGAAUGUGUUCCAGAUGCACCAUAUUCACAUUUUUCCCAAUUAUAGAUUUUUUUCCUAAAGUUAUAUUUUUCAACAUUCUCAGAAAAAAAUGUGAGGGUUUUAUAAUUCAUUUGUGGGGAAAAAAGUUAAAGCCAGAUAAGGUAAAAGUGUAUUGCAGAGGAUAUUGUGUAAUCUUGGGAUUAUAUGGCUGGUGCACAAUGUGUUUGAUGUAGAAUUUUCUGUCUGUCUUUGCGAUGUGGAAACACACUUGGAUAUUAUCUGUACUGAUUUAAUGCAUCAGUCUACAAGCUGAAUCUGUGUACAAAAUAACUUAUUGCUCAAUUGUUUUGCUUUUUUUGCACAAUCAAAACAGGAUGAUUUUUAAAUUGUUAGGUGACUGAGCUAAGUAUAGAAAUGGAAUAAAAGGUAACAGUGGUGUUUAUAUUUGAGGGGUGUGCACUGUUUAUAGGGAAAUAUGUACUAUCUGUAUAAUUCUAAAACACUGGCGAAAUUCUGGCUCCUCCCUCAGCACAGCCUGUGCUUUGGUUGAAUCCACUUCUACUGUCAGUAUACUGCAUAUCAUGUACACUCGCAGUAUAAAAUACUUCGGUAAACUAUUCAUUAGUUUGUAUAGUGACAUGAUCGCACAGUACCCAUACUACUUGAACUGUAUGUAUAUGGAUGAAUGAUCUGUGUUCAUCACAUCACUGAAACCUUACAUUCACACCAGUUAUUCAGAGCUAUUCUGAUGCUGUUCUGUAAAUUGCAUAUUGACAUUACUGUCCAUCUGAAAUGAAAGCAUUUUUGGAAUUUUGUUUAUCUUGCUGCUGAUGCUACGCAGGUAUGAUUACUGAAGAUCUUGCAAUCUCUGGCGAAAAGCGUGGAAUAAAUAAAUCGUACAAAUAUUUGCUUGUUGUGAUAGAGCAGGAUUCCAUGCUAUGGUUGCAUGCUAUUUUAGGUCCUGCUCUUCCCAUUUGUAGCCCACUAACUGUAGGUAUCCACAUUUACAAGUUUUGUAUUGUUUCUUUGAUAUGAUUAGUGUGUUCUGUAUUCUCAGAAUAUUACAGGUAACUAUUUCUGAAGGUUUCUGUUAACCAAUUUGACUUCCCGUAUAAUUUAUAAACUAUGUUUUACAAUUGGAAGUUGAGGUAGACUUAAGUGGCAUAUAAGUUGAUACAAAUGGCUGAAUAAAUGUUGCUUGGAUAUGUGAGCUAGUUACAUCCAUGUAACAAACCCCCAUGUGUAGAUGCCAUUGACUUUUUUGACUCUGAUCGUGAUAAUACUAAUUUUCAGUUAUUCUCAGCUCUGCAAUUGUCUUAUCACAGCAUCAAGUAGCUACCAUUCUUUAAUCUAUUAUCAGCCUCAUCAUUUUCAUUUUUCCUUUGCUCUCCUCUCUUGCCACAUUUGCACCUAAUUUUAAAUGCCCAAAUGUAUACCUUAAAUGUUGUUUCACCUGCACAGUUCUGAUCCUAGAACAUGGUAAUAGUGCUGAAGCAAAAAGGACACAAUGCAAACAAUCAGCCCUUGCCUAAGAUUAUAUGGAAUUGAGGGAUGUGGAACUCAAAGCACAUAACUCCAAGGCAUGUGGUCUUUCAACAGAUGUGCCUGACUUACUGAGUUUUGCCAGCAUUUGCAAUAUUUGCUUAAUUGUUCAUAAACUAAAUAUUUUUGUUUACUUAAAUAUUGUACGGAAACAGAGUUAACUGCAGAAAACAAGUUGAAAAGCAGCUUUUUAGACUUUGAUAUCCAUUUUUAUCCAGAGCUUUUUUUAAAAGAUGCUAAUUUGACUUUAAUAUUUAAAAAUAUACUUAAGGAUCUGGGAUUUCAUAUCGCACUGAAAGACUUCUGUUGAAGUAAUUAGCAACAAAAAGCCAUAGUCAAAGUCUACUUCCAGAACUUAGGUGAAGAAAUUUAUACCACAUUACUUACAACUCAACCUUUGUUCAUUUGCUUUCUCAAGUUCCAGCUUUAAAUAUUGUAUGGUGAAAACUGAUAUUUCCAUAUUAAUUUGUAGUACAUGUGAAGAAUAAUCUAGUUCUCCCAGAGGCAUUGCAGCUGUAACUUGCCAUUUCUUCCAGUGAAGAACUAGCUCCAUGAAUUAUGUUUUCUUUGUCCUUGGAAAUGUCAUUAUAGCUUGUUUAAGAACUUUUUCUCUUUACUGGCAUUAACAAAAGUAACUUGCAAAUGAUAACUUCACACAUGACAUACUGCAGCUAAAAUCUAAUUUACUCCUUUAAAUAGCAAUUACCAUUUUUGGUUUAAUUUUUUUUGAUGGGGGUUCAUCUUGUGUUUCUUAUACGAUGCAAUUUGAGUAUAAGCCCUUCAGCCUUCUACUGGAGAUUUUAAAUACAAGAUAAACUAAGUGUGUAGUUGGGAGUUACAUAUAAUUAUUUGAUACAGCCCCAAAUUACCAUGCUGAUGUCUGCUAUUUUCCUAACAUUGCAGUUCAGAAUCAGUUUCCUUCAAUGGAAUCAGUUUCUUCAAUGGAAUCAGAAUCAGUUUUCUUCAGUUUUUCUUUUGGUAAUUUUGAUGUCACUUUGAGUUGUUCCCAUUUUUUCUUUAGAACACAUGUCACAGUAUGUAUUAUUUUUUAAAUGCAACUUAGACUUGCUGAAAGCCUGAGUGACAUAUUACAGCUUGGUAAUUAUACUGCUGACAAAAUCUAUAAUAAGGGACCCAGAAAGUAGUACAAGGUUUUAGUGGCCACUCUCAACAGGGCUAAAGACAAGUUUUGUAUCAUUAUUGUCUGCUUGGAACAGCUCAAUGCUUUGGAACUCUGCACAACAGAAACAUUUGGCAGUUACGCUGAAUUCAGAUUCCCAUUCAGGUACAUCUUCCUCUCCUGAUUUUAAUGUUUCUGCCUCAUUUUGAAAUGAACUGUGUUGAGUGUGCAGGCUGAAUUUAAGUCCACUCAGACUUGAGCUGUUCUGAAUUCUCUAAUUUGCUCUGCAGUCAUAUAGAUGUCCAGCUACCCCUUUCCUUCCUGAAAACACCAGUAAUAUUUUAACCCACUACAUUCAGCUGUUAAGUCAUCCUCAGCCUCAGCUAAUCUUUUAAAUUGGUACAAGUUGAAUUCAGUCCAGGUGGUGGAUUAUAUUUAAGAAAAAAUGACGCACUAGUAUCUGCACUACAACAGGCCAAAAGUUUUUUGCACCACUUAAUUUUGAAGUACAUCUAUUGUUUAAUGUUAGAAACAUCACAACCACUUUGGGCAUAGCAAACCUUAGCUAACAAUAUGAUGUUGACCCAGUAAUUUAUUUAGAGUGAAUUCAGUUGAAUAGGUAUUGACCAUAGCCACCAGGGAAAAGUUUUUGUUCUCUGGGAUUUUUCACAGCCAUGUGAGUUGGGCAGUAUAGAUGCUGGAUUAGUAUCUCACCUUGAAAAUGGCUUCGUCAAAUGCAGGAUAGCACUCACUCAAAUCUGCACUGGAGUGUCUACUUAGAUUUUAUCUGUGAGUCUUGAAUCCAUACUUUCACCGUGGGAUUUAACAUUGUUCAUUUAGACUAAUAACAGAUUAACUGCAGCUCCUCCCUGUCGGUUACAGCUAUUGCAGUGCUUUAUUUCCCAGGAAGGUAUUUAAUACAAUGCCUUCCACCUACAAAAAAAGAAGUAAUUCAAUUCUUUCAGUAACCACAUAGGUUAGUAGUGUAGUAAAUUUAGUUUGUUCCUGGUCACUAAUAUAUCCCUUUGUAGCCCAUGGACUUAACCAUCUUUAUCAAGCUACUGAGCUGAUAAUCAUUUUAUUGCAAUCAAAAUUAUCCUGAAAGUCUGUGCUCCCACAUGGAAGGGCCUAUAUAAUUAGAAAAACGAGUACACUAUAAAGCAAUCAUCUAAUCAAAUGCCAUCAAUAAUUCCAAAUAUAAGUAACAAGCCCUUUGACUGUUUCUCAUCUUGUACUAAAGUGAUUCAGCUUUGGGCCAAUAGCACUGUUCCUACAAAGAGAGUGCAAAAAGAAAAUAUACAUUUGCCAUGAUUUACUCACAUACCUAGAAAUUUGCCAUCUUCCACGAACUGGAAAUGGUAAAACAUCAUUUUGUUCCUUUUCAUUAAAACAUGCACACGCUACUGAAUGGAGCGUGAAUCUGUAACUUUUAUUGACAAGCAAAGUGUGUGGCUGACCACAUGAUAUGAUACUGACUGCACCUGACACAAGCUUUCAGUCCAGCAGCAGCUUUUAUAUUUCUAGUCAAUCUCUUUUCAUGUCAUGUUGAGACUUCUCAUAGAAUAGAUGAGUUUCCCUUCUGUCUUCACCAAUACCAUAUGACCAGCUUUGGGAUAUUGCCAAAUCUUCUUGAUCAGGGCCAUCCCCUUUGCUUUAAAAGCAACCAAGCAGCUCCAUUUUCCCUGCACCACAAAGUCCUGAGAAAAGCAAUUUGCUGUUUUUCUUUUCCCCAGUAGUGCAAACUGCUGUCACAUUCCUUUCACAUCUCACCAAAUCUUUGCACUUUCCACAGACCAAUAUUUAAUUAAUGGUUCUAUGAGAAACUAGGAGAAUGACUGCAAAUUACAUGUUAAAAAUGGUUUCAAGGUCCAUUUGAGUUUAAGCAUUCGCAUAUAAUGUAUGCUUACUUAUAACAAAUGUUGAUUUUGGAUUCAUUUCAGCACACAAGUAGUGUCCAUUGUACAUGGAAAAAUUACAGGAUUCUGAAAUAAAGUGGUAACAGCUAUCCAGUGUUUCUUAAUUUUAACACCACACACUGUUUCUUUGUUCAGAAUCAUUUCACUUGGGUCUCUCAGUUCAGUGGAAGAAUGUUUAGUUUGCAUCCAGUUUUUUUUUGCUUAUGGAUCCCUUAAGGGUAUCCAGAAAAGUUUUUAAAAAAUUGGUAUUUUCUAGAUUUAGAACAUACUUCUAUAGUACCUUUCCAUCUAGCUAUCACUACCUAAUUUUAAUCCUUUCACUUCUAUUCAUUGCAGAAUAUUAAUGAGAGAAAUUCCACAAUCAGUCUAAUUUGGGUAUUGAAUGUAGUUUUGCAUAAAUUCUUGUGUGUUAAUAUGCAAAUUAGCUCUGUUUAGUAGCAUUAAGACAGCUUAACCAGGCAAUUCCUGAUUAUCAGUUUUUGCACCUAAACAUUAUGUAAUUUAAAUCAAGUAAAAAACAAGAAUAGCAGAAUGGGAAUCUAAUGCUCAAAAAUUCAAUAAUCAGAUCAUUUAAACUAAGCAACUUCAAUUGAGAAAUGUAUUAUUCAGAACUAUUAUAAUACACAACAUCCAAUCUGGAAGAAAAACUACACCAUAGGAACCCUUCAGAAAGGUAGUAUUGUAGAUAACUUUCAUUCUACUGGCAUCUUGGAUUCUAAUUGUCUCAUUUUUUUUAAAGACAAUUUGCCACCUAUAAUUUUUUGUGUCAUCCUAUAAUGCUGUUAACUUUAAUGCUUUAAAAGAUUAAUCUGCCAUCAAUAUUGUUUGGAAUUUGGCACUUGGGAUGUAAUUACAUUUGAUGUCUGUCAAGUUCAAACAUUGUGCAGAGUAUUAUUCAAUGCUUAUUAAUUUAUGAUGAAAGUGAUUUAGUAAAAUAUUUAUUGAGUACACAAUACUGUAUUAUGAAUCAGGAUUGGAAUGCCACAAUUGGACACAAUCACUGGCAUAGAGAGGAUGAAAAGAUUUCCUGUGUUUAAUGUGAACUGUUCUCAAAGCUUGCCCUAUCCAAAUAUUCAGAUCUGAUAACUUCAUAUAAAUGUGGUGAAUUGAGAAUAUUUCUGUUUUGCAUUUGCCAUGUAUAUUUUGAUAAAAACUAGCUAGAUUUACUCAUUGGUCUAGUGGCGGAAAAUUUGAACAUGUCACUGCAAAAUGUUCCACGUUUUCAAACAGAUAAAAUUUUAAAAUGUAUUUUUCUUAGCAUAAUUUGUUAUGUCUUAAUAAAGCAUUCUUGAUUUUACAACUUGCAGCUGCUUUCAGUUUAAACCAUACGUAAUCAAACC